GAGCGAGCGAGCGAGCGCCGAGCUGGCUGGGCCGUGGAGGGCGGAUGGCGGACUCGCAGACGUUCUGCGUGGCCGAGGAGCGCAGCGGCCACUGCGCCGUGGUGGACGGACACUUCCUCUACGUGUGGGGGGGCUACGUGUCUAUUGAAGACAAUGAGGUAUAUUUGCCAAAUGAUGAAAUUUGGACCUAUGACAUUGAUAGCGGACUGUGGAAAAUGCACCUAAUGGAAGGAGAGCUCCCGACUUCCAUGUCGGGGAGCUGCGGGGCUUGCAUCAGCGGAAGCCUGUAUGUUUUUGGAGGAUACGAUGACAAAGGAUACAGCAACCGACUUUACUUUGUCAAUUUACGAACACACGAUGGAACCUACAUCUGGGAAAAAAUCACCAAGUUUGAUGGACAACCACCCACGCCACGUGAUAAACUUUCCUGCUGGGUGUAUAAAGACAGAUUAAUAUACUUCGGUGGUUAUGGGUACAGAAGGCACAGUGAGCUUCAGGACUGUUUUGAUGUCCACGAUGCAUCUUGGGAAGAGCAGAUAUUCUGGGGAUGGCACAAUGAUGUUCACGUGUUUGACACAAGGACAAGGACUUGGUCUCAACCAGAAAUUAAAGGUGGAGUUCCACCACAGCCACGAGCCGCGCAUUCAUGUGCAGUUCUGGGAAAUAAGGGUUAUGUCUUUGGCGGACGCGUUUUGCAAACUAGGAUGAAUGACUUACACUAUCUAAACCUGGAUACCUGGAUUUGGUCUGGAAGGAUUCCUGUUAAUGGAGAAAGCCCCAAACAUCGGUCAUGGCACACGUUAACAGCAAUAGCUGACGAUAAGCUUUUCCUAUUUGGUGGACUAAGUGCAGAUAAUAUCCCAUUAAGUGAUGGCUGGAUUCAUAAUAUAAUAACAAACUGUUGGAAACAACUCAGACAUUUACCUUACACCAGGCCCAGGUUAUGGCACACGGCCUGUUUGGGAAAAGAAAGUGAAAUAAUGGUAUUUGGUGGGAGCAAAGAUAACUUACUUUUCUUGGACACAGGUCAUUGUAAUGAUUUACUGAUCUUUCAAACACAGCCCUAUUCACUGCUUCGAUCAUGUCUUGACUGCAUUGGGAAAAAUGCUAUUAUUUUAAAAAGUCAAUUAUCAUUAUUACCUCCUAAACUUCUUCAGCAAGUUCUCAAAAAAAUAACAUUUUGGACUGCAGCCAAUUACAGAAAAGAGCAAAGAGUCCGAAAAGAAGAAACAGAAAACAAUCAGCUAUGCGUCAGUAGCCACUGAAUUGCUGCAGGCCCAGUAUGUCAAAGUGUUUUGAUCAGACUACACAUUUGACCCUCUCCUGCAGUCACAGGCUUUAUUUAAAGGAUACAAUUACAAAUGUUUUGCUACUGUGAUUACAUGGUGUGUGGGGGGGGGGGUAAUACAUGGAAAUAAGAUG